CCGGAACUCCUCUCGCUGCUUCUUCGUCAUCUCUUCUCCUUACUUCCGCAGCCGCCCAGAUCCAGUCUGAAUACGCGGAACCACCGCUUCUCUUUUGCAGAACAACCACCACCAAAUUGACCAUGGGAUUUGUCCGCACCUGGAUAUUCAACUUCCCGCCGCCAUCGAAGAGAGGGGUGAGGGACAGAGGCGCCGAUGAGGAUAUGGAAUUCGGACAUACCUUUGGUUGAUGGUGUCACAGGUACGCUGCCGGUUGUGGCGCAUCUGUCGGUCGUCGGAUCCCCAGCUCCGUCCGGUUCGCCUAGCAUCCCCAGCUUCAUCCGGUUUGCCGGCAUCCUAACCAGAUUCUUGCACAAUCUCAACCAGCUCCGGACGGAAUCCUCGAAUCCCCCGAUUAGGUACUCCCUCGGCCGGAAGUAACCCCUCAAACUGCUGCAAUUGAACCGACCGAUGCUUGGUUGGAGUCGAACGCCAGCAGCUGGAGGCGGGCAAGCGUAGUAGAGCAGAGCAAAUUAAAUGUUCAGCGCGAA